AUGGACCAGCAUGCUUUGGCUCUUCUAAAGGCCGCGGAGUCAUGGGACUGGCCUCUUGCCUAUCGCAUCAAAUCCUCAGGAGGCCAAGAUAGCAAGUUCAAGGCUAUCAUGCCAAAACUCUUGUCUGGUUUCAUCACCGAGUCACAAUCGUUAGGCGGAACCUUAGUUGAUCAAUUCUGGGUUGUGGUAGGGCAAUGCCAUCCCCAGCUCGAGGAAAAUAUUAAGAUCCUUCGGCGGAUAGGAUUUUACUCCCCGCGUCAUUCUGAGAUAGUGUUAUUCGAUGGGGUCGAGCGAGAAACGAUUAAUUUCUCUCCAAUAUUUGAGAUGGGCGCAGAACUUUUUACCCAUCUUUGCGUUGCUUUUAUGAAUCCCGGUGGUCCUAAAUCUCGGAGCGGCACACCCUUCUCAGUUAGCGACUUCAUUGCAAAAGACACGGACGAACUACUGGAUAUUGCUGCCUCAGAAGGGCUCGGGACUAGGAAGCAAGCUGCUCUGAAAGCUCUGAUAUUCAAACGUGACGGCCAAUCAUGUCCAUUAACUGGCUUGUCUUUCGACACUGAGGAUAGUGUUAAGCCACAUUUGGCCCAUAUCAUUCCUAACUCGGUCCAUAACAAGCCUGAUACUAUCAAGUGUAUUGCUAUGCUCGCUGGGACAGCUGUCCGUGACCUUGUUUUGGAACAGUUGAAUGAUCUAGGCAACCUUCUCCAUAUCGAAUUAAAUGCACAUGUUGCGUAUGAUGACAUUCACUGGGGGAUUGAAGCUCUUAAUGAGAACGGAGUGGUGCGAUUUUCAAGCUCGACCUACUUUGCCAUCACUCAUCGGUCCCCCAAGGUUAAAUACAUCUAUAGGAGGGUUCCCUACAAGACUGCGAAGGGCCCCGGAAUUAUUCGCCUCCACGAUGGGGAUCAGAUUGUCUUCGGAGGAGGCCCCGAGGCAGCACGACUUGGACCAGGCCCCAAUCCGUCGCUCUGUAACCUCCAGCUUGCUGUGGCUCGCGUCCUGAGGAUGAGUGGCGCCGCGGACAUUAUUGCACAGAUCAAAGAUGAUGGAGAUGACUCAGAUUUUCCUCAUGUUUACAUUGCGUCGCCGGCGUUUUGUAACAUUCUUACUGCUCAACUCCAACUUGCAGGGGGUGUUUUUCUGUAA